CCCCUCCCCCCCCCUGACAGAGCUACCAGUUUCACACUCGACGGUAGCCAUCUUUCACAUUAAACAUCAUACAUCAUGGCGUCCUUCGCCAACCCUACGCAGAUCUUUGCGGACGAUGUCGUCGAAGAGAAGGGAGAGAACGCCCGUCUCUCCGCCUUCGUUGGCGCCAUCGCGGUCGGUGACCUGGUGAAGAGUACUUUGGGGCCUAAGGGAAUGGACAAGAUCCUCCAGUCAGCGUCGACCGGCGAGAUCCUCGUAACGAAUGACGGUGCUACGAUUCUGAAGUCGAUCGCUCUCGACAACGCCGCGGCUAAGGUGCUUGUCAACAUUUCAAAAGUCCAGGAUGAUGAAGUCGGUGAUGGUACAACAUCCGUGACUGUACUGGCAGCGGAACUGCUGCGUGAGGCUGAGAAGUUGGUGAACCGCAAAAUUCAUCCUCAGACUAUCAUCGACGGUUACCGGAUAGCCAGCCGGGCUGCUCUUGAUGCCCUCGAGAAGGCUGCCGUCGACCGUAGUGCCGACAUGGAGUCCUUCCGGAAAGACCUCCACUCUAUCGCCCGUACGACCCUCAGCUCGAAGGUCCUAGCCCAGGACCGUGAUCACUUCGCUACCCUCGCCUGCGAUGCAGUCCUCAGACUCAAGGGUUCGACCGACCUCAGUCACAUCCAGAUCAUCAAGAAGGCCGGUGGGAAACUCAGUGAUUCCUACCUGGAUGAGGGUUUCAUCCUUGACAAGAAGAUCGGUGUUAACCAGCCCAAGCGUUUGGAGAACGUUAAUAUCUUGGUCGCCAACACAGCCAUGGACACAGAUAAGGUCAAGAUCUUCGGUGCUCGGGUCAAGGUCGAUUCGACCGGCAAACUGGCAGAACUGGAGAAGGCCGAGCGUGAGAAGAUGAAGGCUAAGGUCGACCGGAUCAAGGGACAUGGUAUCAACUGUUUCGUCAACCGUCAGCUGAUCUACAAUUGGCCCGAGCAGCUGUUCACUGAGGCCGGCAUUAUGUCUAUCGAGCACGCAGACUUCGAUGGUAUUGAGCGCCUGGCCUUGGUUACCGGCGGUGAGAUCGCCUCGACCUUCGACCACCCCGAGCAAGUUAAGCUGGGCCACUGCGAUGUGAUUGAGGAGGUUAUCAUUGGUGAAGAUACUUUGAUUAAGUUCUCUGGCGUGGCUGCCGGUCAGGCAUGCACCAUCGUGCUCCGCGGUGCUACGGAGCAGCUGCUUGACGAGGCCGAGCGCUCUCUUCACGACGCUUUGGCUGUUCUCUCUCAGACUGUGAAGGACCCACGGGUCACCCUCGGUGGUGGUUGCGCCGAGAUGGUCAUGUCCAAGGCGGUCGAGCAAGCCGCCCAGAACACCACGGGCAAGAAGCAGCUGGCCGUUGACUCGUUCGCAUACGCUCUGAAGCAACUUCCCACCAUCCUGGCCGACAAUGCCGGCCUGGACUCCAGUGACCUUGUGACUCGCCUACGACAGGCUAUCAACAACGGCAUGACCAGCUCUGGACUCGACUUGCUCACUCCCGGCGGUGGCAUCGCUGACAUGCGGGAGCUGGGAGUUGUGGAGAGUUACAAGUUGAAGAAGGCAGUGGUUUCCUCCGCAUCUGAGGCAUCGGAGCUUCUUCUGCGCGUUGACAACAUUAUCCGGUCUGCUCCCCGUAGACGUGAGCGUAUGUAAGGUGAUGAGAUAAUUUAAUCCUGAUGGCGCGAUGGACUGGAAACAAGGUUGUUUAGAUUCAAGCGAAACCAAGAGCAGCUUACCAGUGUGAGCUGUGCUGGACAAAUGUUGAUAACGUGCUCUCUUCAGAGUGUAAUAACCGUGACAUAGACUCAUUGAUUGUAUGAGACAAAAGCAUUGACGAAGUUUGGUCUUUUCACCGUGAAAAUUCGUAGAUACUAG